GGGCUCAGCUACAAGUAAAGCAGUGUUUACCAAAAAAAUCAAGUCCAACAGCCUUUUCAAGUAGAAUUUUUUAUGCUAGCAUUUUGGUUUGUUUCCUUGUCAAUCAAAACUCUUGUUACUGUUGAUAUAUUUUUGUAUUUUUUAUCUGACACAUUCUGACCAGCAUGUCAGCCAAGGCUAUUUAUGAAGCCAAAGGCAAAGAGCUACUGAACAAAUUUUUGGGUGAUGUGGCCAUGAAGAAUAAAUAUGUGUUGAUUGAUGAAAAUGUCAAUUGGAACCAAGUGAUUCAAGACAAUAUUUGGCUAUCAAAUGAGAAACUUGUCGUCAAGCCAGAUCAGCUGAUAAAACGCAGAGGUAAACUAGGCCUUAUCAAAGCAGGAGUUAAUAUAGAAGGAGUAAAAGAAUGGCUACUGACAAAACUUGGAAAAGAGUUUGAGAUUGGUGCUGCAAAAGGAAAGUUAAAGACAUUUAUUAUUGAGCCAUUUGUAGAGCAUGGUCAGAAUGAAGAAUUCUAUGUGUGUAUCCAUUCCCAUCGCUAUGCAGAUACUAUUUUAUUUCACCAUGAAGGAGGAAUAGAUAUUGGGGAUGUAGAUUCAAAGGCAGUAAAACUGGAUGUUCCAGUUGGUGGAAUUCUUUCACCAGUUGAAGUUAAAAACAAACUGUUAUUACAAGUCCCAGAGAAUUCACAGCAGCCCUUGACUGAUUUCAUUAUCACUUUGUACAAAGUCUAUCAAGAAUUACAUUUUACAUACCUUGAGAUUAAUCCCUUGGUGGUUAAAGGGACACAAAUCUUUAUACUAGACCUUGCUGCCAAGAUUGAUCAGUGUGCUGAGUUUCUUUGUAAGGCUAAGUGGGGAGAUGUUGAUUUUCCUCCACCAUUUGGAAGAGAUGCAUUACCAGAGGAGGCAUAUAUUGCUGAGCUUGAUGCAAAAAGUGGAGCAAGUCUAAAACUCACAAUACUCAACAGGAGGGGUCGUAUUUGGACUAUGGUUGCAGGAGGAGGAGCAUCUGUUAUUUAUGCAGACACCAUUUGUGACCUAGGGGGUGCCUCUGAGCUUGCUAACUAUGGUGAAUAUUCUGGAGCACCAAGUGAACAGCAAACUUAUGAGUAUGCCAAAACAGUGCUCUCUUUAAUGGUAGAAGAACGCCAUCCAGAAGGCAAAAUACUGAUCAUUGGUGGUGGCAUUGCUAAUUUUACAAAUGUAGCUGCUACAUUUAAGGGUAUUGUACGAGCAUUAGAGGAGUUUCAAUUAAAACUAGUUGAAGGCAAUAUUACAAUCUAUGUCAGGAGAGCUGGUCCAAACUAUCAAGAGGGUCUAAGAAUAAUGAGAGAAUUGGGAAACAGACUUGGUCUUCCAAUCCAUGUAUUUGGCCCAGAAACUCACAUGACUGCUAUUGUCAGCAUGGCUUUGGGUAAAAGAGAUAUCCCAACAACUCCAAAAGCAUUGCCAACUACUGCAAACUUUCUUCUUCCUUCUUCAACCAACCAGAUUUUCUUUCCAGGGCCAUCUCCUUGCACUAGUCGACGUGGAUCACAAGACAAAGGUUCUACCCCUAAAGUUCAAAACAAGUCUUCACAUACACAACAGAAUGGUUCAGCAGCAAGCUCUGUUGAUUACAACCUGUUCACUAAAGACACAGAAUGCAUUGUUUGGGGAAUGCAGCAACGUGCUGUACAAGGCAUGCUUGACUUUGACUAUGUUUGUUCACGAACAAAACCUUCAGUAGUUGCUAUGAUUUAUCCAUUCACUGGUGACCACAAGCAAAAGUUUUAUUGGGGUCACAAAGAAAUACUCAUUCCAGUUUACAAGAAUAUGGGUGACUGCAUGAAGAAACAUCCUAGUGCAGAUACACUUGUGAAUUUUGCAUCAUUAAGAUCAGCUUAUGACAGUACAAUCGAAACACUUAAUUAUCCACAGAUUAGAUCCAUAUCAAUUAUUGCGGAGGGCAUUCCUGAAAAUCUGACUCGUAAUUUGAUCAAAGUGGCAACUGAAAAGGGUGUAAUAAUCAUAGGACCAGCAACUGUUGGUGGUGUAAAACCAGGUUGCUUUAAGAUAGGAAACACAGGUGGCAUGCUAGAUAAUAUUCUUGCAUCCAAGCUUUAUCGACCUGGCAGUGUUGCUUAUGUAUCGAGAUCUGGUGGGAUGUCCAAUGAACUCAAUAACAUUAUUGCUUUAAAUGCUGAUGGUGUUUUGGAAGGAGUGGCUAUUGGUGGAGACAGAUACCCUGGUUCCACAUUUAUGGAUCACAUUCUGAGAUAUCAGGCUAAUCCAGAUGCCAAAAUGAUUGUACUUCUAGGCGAGGUUGGUGGAGUUGAAGAGUACCAGCUGGUAGAAGCUAUUAAACGAGGCAAGGUUGAUAAACCUGUUGUUGCAUGGUGUAUUGGAACCUGUGCCAAGAUGUUCACAUCAGAAGUUCAAUUUGGCCAUGCUGGUGCUUGUGCUAAUGCGGAUGCUGAAACAGCUGGUUCAAAAAACGAAGCCCUUAGAGCAGUUGGAGCUAUUGUGCCUAGAAGUUUUGAUGAACUUGGAAUAACAAUCAAUGAAGUCUACUCAAAACUGGUGUCUGAUGGAAUUAUUGUGCCUAAACCUGAAACUGCACCACCAACAGUUCCAAUGGAUUUCAACUGGGCUAGGGAAUUGGGCCUAAUCAGAAAACCAGCAUCCUUCAUGACAAGUAUUUGUGAUGAAAGAGGACAGGAACUAUUGUAUGCUGGCAUUCCGAUCACUGACAUAUUUAAAGAGGAUAUGGGCAUUGGAGGUGUACUCAGCUUGUUAUGGUUUCAACGAAGGCUGCCACGGUAUGCAACCAAGUUUAUUGAAAUGUGUCUCAUGGUAACAGCAGAUCAUGGUCCAGCAGUAUCUGGUGCACAUAACACUAUAGUUUGUGCUAGAGCAGGAAAAGAUCUCAUCUCCAGUCUCACAUCUGGUCUCCUUACCAUUGGAGACAGGUUUGGAGGAGCAUUGGAUGCAGCAGCUAAACAGUUUAGUACAGCAUUAGACAGUGGCCUCAUACCUAUGGAGUUUGUCAAUGACAUGAGAAAAAAGGGAACACUCAUUAUGGGCAUUGGUCACAGAAUCAAAUCUUUGAAUAAUCCUGACAUGAGAGUUGUUAUCUUAAAAGAAUAUGCUCAGAAACAUUUUCCUGCCACACCACUUCUUAACUAUGCUCUAGAAGUGGAAAAGAUAACGACUUCAAAGAAACCUAACCUGAUUUUGAAUGUUGAUGGACUUAUUGGUGUGGCUUUUGUUGAUUUACUAAGGAACUGUGGCUGUUUUACUGCAGAAGAGGCUCAGGAAUUUAUUGAAAUUGGUGCUUUGAAUGCUAUGUUUGUUCUUGGUCGCUCUAUGGGGUUUAUUGGACACUUUCUAGACCAGAAGCGCUUGAAGCAAGGAUUGUAUAGACACCCAUGGGAUGAUAUUUCUUACAUUAUGCCAGAAACCAAUAACACUGAAACAAAUUCUUCUUCUAUUUAAGUUAUUUAAGGAUUCAUUCCACGAUAGCAGGACCAACCAAAACUGAAACUGAUCUCUCAAUGUUACUAUAUAAUAAUUUCAGAUCACUUCAGAUUUUGUUUUCUGAAACUUGGGACACAAUUUGGUAUUUAAACUUCAUUUGCUUUUUUUAAAAAAAGCUGAUAUGAACCAUGAUUGUAAUGUUUUUAUGAGCUAAAUAGGCUUGGUAUUUCAUAUUUUAAUUUAACUUCAUGUUGUUGAUUAGCAUUGUAGUGAUAUAGAAUUGAUGGUAUUAAUAAGAGUAAAUUUAUACAUUUUAAAUUAUUUAAAUGUAAUCAAAUAUAGUUUUUAAAAAAAAGACAUUUUCUAGUUAAAUGUUUUUAGUAUAUUUGACAUAUAUGUCAUUAAUUUGAUUCUCCACAUUUUGAGUGAAAAUUAAAACUGCUUAUUCUGAAUCCUAAAGCAGACAUGUUUAUUAUAUGUGUAUUUUACUAAAUAAAUCCUUGGUGUUCAUGAAAUAAUUGACUUGCACAGCAUUUAAUACUGAAGCAUCACCUAGUUGUGUGAUGCUAGUCUCAAGUUACAUAUUUAAAUGAACCCAAAAUGCUAACCCAAAAAGUAUUUGAUGAAUUAGUUUUCUUUAAAAAAAUAAUUCGUUGUCUUUUUUGUAAUUUGGAUAUAAUUAAGGCUGUCAUUUUUGAAGAAAAACUACAAACAAUACAUCAAUGUUUGAGUAACCAU